AUGUUGAUCGGUUUUGGUUUGACAUGGUUUACGCGUUACUGGUUCCCGGAAGAGUUAAUAUCUCCAUUAGCUAAACCCUUUCUUACCCUGCCUUUGGACUCGUAUUUUGUUCGUACACAAUCAACGGAGGCCUCCCCGACAUAUGUUGCAACGUCUCCAAUAGCAUGCUCUUACUUCGUCUUUCCCUUAAUAAGUCAUCAAAUUUGGUGCUUUUUGAUCCCCAGUUGCUAUGGGGAACAAAGGACGAAAUACAAUCGAUUCCUCCAUUUAAGUGGUUCUCGCUUCUCCUUGUUCCUGUUUCUAACUCUUCCCCGGGUAGUUCCCAAUGUUUGGCACUUUCCAUACUUCAUGGGUGCAACAUCAACAAAUUCGCUCAUGAUCAAGUUACAACCCAAGAUCUAUGACCAUAUUAUGUUAACUGUUCGUAUUUCGUUCAUUCCAUCGGUAUGCUCUCAGGUACCUGUAAUUGUGAUCCGUUUGCCAGAACCAAGGGGUCUUUCUGUGGAAACCUCCACGAACAAUCGUCGUUUUUUGAUGGUUUUUCCGCUUCUCACAGCUGCUCUUUCCACACCUCCGGAUAUCUGGUGCCAAAUCGUCGCCCGUUUCCUUAUUUCUUUGAUAAUAGAGUUGGCUAUCUCUGUGGCAUCGAUUGUACAAGUUCGUGAAGAGGGCUGGACGAGUGGAAUGAGGGAGAGCGGCUCGAUCGACAAAAAAGAAGAGUAGCCCCCCUAGAACCUGGCAAAGUCAUUAUCAAUGAAUUCCCGAGCAAUUAUCAACCAAUCACGUAAUUUGUCGACAGAAAGCUGAUAUAAAGUCAUUGAUAUAUAAAUUGAUCUAACUGGACCUUCAGCCCCUAUUCCAGACUAUUCUUUCUACAGGAGAUAGAUGAAACUCGCUGACAAGGCUAGCUACAGCGCAUUCAUUGCACCCUCCCGUCUCUUCUUCAAAAUAAAAACGGUAUUCGUUUGUACCGGCGGUUCGUCGAGCGCAGCUUCCCUUAAACUAACUACUUUAUGGGAAUCCCUCGCCGAUCGAUCUUAGCACUAUGCUUCACACAGGUUUUUUUAUAGAGAGAGAGAGUAAGACGCCUUUCUGGGGCUUUAAAGCAGGGCCACAGAUAUUGCAAAACUUUCGGAGACGGGAUGGAAAGACUUUCGUGAGAAGAGAUGGUAGGCUUGAUACGGAUACAGCUGCUUAUCACCCACCUUCUAAUCGAUUUUGGAUUGGAAGGAGGGUGAGGAACGAACACAGUGGUUUGACUGCUGGGAUCCCAAUCGGCCUGCAUCAGCGGAAAAUGGAACUCUCGAAUCACGGGUGACUCGCUUUAUCGGGAUGGGAGGAAUUGCUUAAUCGGCAUUCCUUCCCUAAAUAAAUCCACUAGUAGGUAGCGGUAGGAGAGAUCUAUUAUGGUGGGAUGGACCGUUAUCUAAUUCCGGCCGGCAUUUCUGUCAAUCGGCGUAAGCACUCCGCUCGUUCGUAAGCCCCUUUAGAGAGAGGAGAGAGGGGCGAGGGCGGCUUUGAUGAGAGCUAAGGGCCGAAGGCGGCUUCGCUUAGUAUAUAAGCUGAUAAGACCUGCGGCAGAUACAGUAGAGCGCAUGCAAAAAGUAGCUUAUCUUAUAAAGUAGACAGCAAAAAGGAAAUUGCCUGCCAUGAGACAGACAAGCCGCUCCUUCACUAUUGCAGAGCGGCUUCGCUCAAUAAAUGCUACAAUAUUUUUUUAGUAGAAUAAUGUGGUUUUUUCUAGUGGAUUGGAGCGGCUUCGCUAUCCCAUGCAAGUGAAGGGACAGUCCUCCUAUCGCGAACCUAUCCACUUAUCUACCGCAUCGAGGCGAACAUCUCGGCUUGGUUGGAAAGCUUUUAUAUAGCAAUAAACCGGAAGGCUCAGGUCUUUCCGGGGCCAGGCAAGGGGUUCGGAGUUGGGUCGAAGGAGGCCAACUAAAACGGAGUUUAGGUAAAAAAAAAGAAAGAGCUUGGGAUAAAAACAAACCUCACCCUAGGAGUCGGAGUCACCUGUGAAAGGAACGGAGUUGGGCCCUACGCCUAAAUAGGAUCGGCUUGGGUUCGUAUGAAUGGAACGGCAUAGAAAAGAAACCAUUGUAUGCUACCACGCUACGAUUUUUAUUCCGAAAUAUUUUAUCGCUACUAUCGGGGCGGGGGCCCGUCUUUCGAGUCGUUCUUACGGCCGUGGUAGCUGCCGAGCCUCCAUAUCGACUGGGAGUUGCUCUCUCGUCUUUUUUCCUCCGCCUUCCUCUCGUAAUUGACCCUAUCUUUUCUGCUACGCCUAUCCAUCCGUCAGAUUUACAUCCAAUCCAGCCGGGUGAGCGAUAGCGGCUCCUGUUUACUAAUAGAUCUGCCGCCACUAGUAUAACAAAAAAAGCACAUAAGGAUCCGGAAUCUUUCAAUUGACUGAUCAGGAUCAUAGAAAGCCCGGUAUUACCAGAAAGGAUAGUCGUGAUGUCCCUUUAUGGCCGGCCUAAUCAGUAUGGAGCCGAAGGCUCGGGUUUCCAGCAGGCCCCUUCUCUUGCUUUCCCUUUAAGUGACAAGGGGGGUGGGCCGCUCCAAGCCGAAAGCGAUAGCGAAUCCCGAACUUGCCCACGCUCAUCCAAACCGACCUCAAAAAGCGAUCGGAAAGCGAAGCCCUUCCUUCCAAUCCAAGCCGGCAAAGCCGCCCCUAUAUCUAACCACCGCUCACCCCGAUCACAUAUUGGCGCGUUCAUGAUGCAUCAUGAUCAAAAGGCCGUAAAGAAGACAAGACCUAUGCAUCAGUGUACUGUCAUGAUCACAUAUUUUCUCUAUUUUAUUGACGACUUGAGGGCGAAGCCGCCUAUUUAUUAUUAUUUAUUAUUAUUAGGGCAAAGGGCGCUCCCUCCUCCUAACUCCUUCCACUUCUCCCAGGGACAGGGACUACGGCUUGACCUUCGGGGAAGAAGUCCGCGGGACCCCUCUCCUUCUAGGGCGCCUAGAUAUUGAAAGGUUAUCCCUUUGCAACGCUGGAAGCUAAGCAAAGUCACGAAGCUGGCUGACUACGCUCGAGCAGAGCUCAGGCCCGGGGGUGGUGGCUGAACUCGCCGCAGAGUUCAGGAGCGAGAAAGACUAUCUUGAUGAAUGCAAUAAGAGCCGGCUGCUCUCGCCGCAGCAGAGUGCUUUGCCCAUGCUGCUAUCCGCCGCCGAAGCGCGUCUAAAGGAAAAAAGGCCAAAGAGUGAUCUUUGAACGCUACUACGCAUCCUUACUCAUAGUAUAGUAAGGUAGGUUUGGGUAUAGCAGGACUUGAACCUGCGACCAUUAGGUUAAAAGCCCAAUGCUCUACCAACUGAGCUAUACACCCCCAAAAAUAUGUAGUAGUAAAUAAGGAUUGGUGCGGAAAAGAGGGCGGCCCCUUCGCUUAGAUAGCAAAGCCGCCUUCAGCCCCUCUUCUUCUCAUCAUAUGAAAGGGGCGCGGCUCUGUAUGAGGCUCGUACUGCAGAGCAAGCGAAGAAAACGUAAGGGUGCGCGUUAGCACUCCUGCAAAAAACGGGCUAGCUAGCGCUAACCUUAUUGAAAACUCAAGGAAAGCCUUGAUCGAUAUGAGAAAGAUGCGCUCAAGCAUGCGAAGAAAGCCGGCCUUACUCAACACCUUUAUUAGUAAGGUUGCUUGUUUCCACUCAUUGAAGAUUCUAUCUACAAAAGAAGGUCAACGGGGGAUACUAAAAGCAAAUGGCUCUCACUGACACCAUCUACGAGAAGGUGAGGUCGUCUUUCUUUCCAGCCGCCAUACGGUUCGCCUUAAAGACGGAGAAGGUGAGGAGCAGUUAUCUAUGUAAUUACGGUCUUUGUUGGCCGUUGUUCCGGUCGAGCACUCUUUUUUCUUUGCCCAAUUCCGUCUUACCAAACAAGACUUACUUCUUACCAACCCGCGAAGGGUUGUGAGGCUGGACCAGGUAUGAAGAAUGAAUCUAUAUCUGUGCACGGAAGUUGCUGGCCGGCGGCCGCUCAACUGUUCGAGCGCGGUGGUAUUGGUUCCGAUUCGACAAAGGUAUAAUGCCUGGUCGGGGGUCCAGUACAGUAGGUAGCAGGCGUGUUCGUUUUGUUUUGGCUUCCGAGCGAGAAAUAGGCAAUGCACCAUGCUUGCUGCUACGUACGUUGACCUUUACUUGACAGAUUCAUCCAAUUUCACUCACACUCAAAGGAGGGCAAUCCAACUUCCAUUGAAGCAGCUUCCCCGGAACUAGCUGCCAUUGAAUCGGUUGGUGCCAUUGAUUCUCUUGGAGGCAGGGCAAUAGAUUAAGAUUUGGCGGUAAGCGAAGGAACUUUAGGGCUUAGGGUAGCGAGUGAGCCUUAUCAUAAAGCAUAAAGGGUAGGCAACUUCAAUAGGUCUAGGGGAGGAAGAAGGAGUUGUUCAUAGCUAAGAAUCGCUAAGGCCAAUCAUUCCCUAGUCUAUCCUAUAUAUCUUUCUAUUCUAGCUGGGAUAUUCUCUCUAUUCAAGCGGAUAAGAGAACGGCGGUUACUUGUGCAGCUCCCACUAGGCUCAAGAGAUGAGGCUAAGCGAGAUGUAAAACCUAUCGCUAGCGAUAUACGUAACGAGGCAUUAGAGCAAAGGCUUUGUCGCCAAAUGGCGUAUAUAAUACGAUAGUGCGGUAUUGUUGUUAUGGAAAGUCGCUCUAUUUCCUUGGAUCUCUUAAUCCAGUAUGUUUACCCUCACUGACAGUAUGAAAGAAGGUAGCUCACCACCAAGUCUAGGUACCCCAUCAUAUGUCACAGUAGGGGAUCAAUGCUCAUUUACAUAAAAAUGAGCUAGACCUGCAGUGAAGUCUUGGGAGCUAAUAAGCCAGGUAAGAGAGGACACCUUAGUAUAGGAAAACAAGAAGCAUAAGACACGAGUUCCGGUAUUAGUACCUCCCAUUCUCUGAUGACUCUCAAAGGAACAAAGAGGUAAGCCCUAUAAAGAGGGAAAAGCCCUAUUAGUUAACUGCCGCCGGUGCUACUUCCUUACUUAGUCAAAUACCCUGAUCUAUUCAUUCAAGAAAAGAAGAUAGUGAUUUGGCUAACCUCAGGUACCUUCCCCCAAUCGAACUAUCGUGCGUGACACAUACCUGCCGAUUCCAUAUAAGCGUAUUUCACUCAUUGCUAUUAGUGGAAGAAUGCCCUCAAAGUCCCUCAAAUGCGGCUGCCUUGAACGAAUCCCAUUCGUAGUUCUGAAUAAACCUCCUAAGUCAAUCCGGACGGGAUAAAUUCCAAAGGAUCAUGCCGAGUUCCUGAAAGAUUCUUCAGUCUACCCAGGCUUCUUUUUAUCUGCUUUUUUCUUUCCCUAUCUUCCAAUAGAGAAUAGAACGUUUCCGCUACCCUUUUGUUUUGACAAAGCUGUAUGCCCUAAUAGCAUUAACAUUCGAUAGUUGACCCUCGACCUAAAGAAGUUCAGAUUGACUGCGAAGUAAUGCACUACUAGAAAGAUUGAAUAAUGUUGACCUUUCGCUUCGCUCGAGUCACUACGUACCUUAGACCGUAAUGUGAGAUCAAAUCUAUCAUGUCGCUUGCUAUUGAUCGAACCUAUCUUUCUUUUGUUUGCCCAUUCGCUCCCCUAUAUCAAGUUUUUCCAUCCUAUCCUUGAGUUUGAGUAAAGGUGCCUCACGCUUAGUGUGGAUGCUUCUCCAUAACCAGAGAACUUUCUCCGGAUCAUAUCCAGUAGCAAGCAUCCCUUCCUUAGAUUAGAUUCGAGAGUAGGCAUGCCCAGACCCAGCCCAGCUUUGCAUCAUUACUCGCGGUUGGUUAGGAGCAGCGUCAGGGGAAGGAACGGGGGCAUGGGUCUCUCGGGAGCAAAGGCUUCGGUUGGGAUAGAAGCAUAGGUACCCAGAGCGGAAGAUCCACCGGCGGAUCCUACAGCAGAGGCAGAGGUAGCUGGAGAAGCUGCAAUGGUAGUUUAUUAUGUUGAGUAAGUUGAACCAGCCGAAGAAAAAUAAGAAGGUAGCAGCUACUUCUUCUGCUUCUUCGGUUGUUGCCGCCUAAUUAGCUACGAUCAAUGAAAAUCUCGUAAGAAAGCUGUGCCACGAACAGCGCUUUGCCCCUUCUAUAUAAGCUGCACUGCGCUGAAUGAGAAAGAUCUCCUGCCCCCAUCUAUUUGUUGUGGGGUUCUUUACUUGGUUUAAAACCGUUCAUUUUCCUACAAGCAAGUCUUUCUUUCAAUUGUGCAAUUAGUUGUCUCUAGGCAGCCACCAUCAGGCGCCUUUACGCAAGAUGAACUCUCUUCCUAAAAGUACACCGCACAUAUUGUUACUCUUUAGCCAUCUAUGAAUCCUUUUCAGAGUCCUCCGGUCGAGUUGGAAAACAACCCUUGAGACCUCGUCGCGGCGUUAGCAGCCAUUGACAUUGACGAUGUGAUGUAUUGAAGACUAAGCGAGCCAGCCUAGAACGGAACAAAAGAAAUUUCAAUGAAAUGAAGUACACGCAACUACGCCUGUGAACUCGGAGAGCCUUUCAGCAUUCCUUGAAUCUACCCUAGGAAAAGGCACUUUCUUUUCUUAUGAGAUUUUUAGUUAGAGGUAAAAGAGCCCAAGACGCGCAUCCACCGGAUAAGCCAUAUAGUUCUUUGUGAUCCUCAAGUUCAAGUCGUUGGACGCUUCGUGUCCCUGCCCCCUUUCUCUUCCUUGGGCUUUGGGCUUUUGUCCAACUUCCAACUCAAUAUCUUAGUCAUCUUUCUUCAAAGGCCGUUGAUUCUGCUUCCUUGAUUGAAUAAUAGAAGGUGAAUCAAUAAGACAGUACCGGGCGUGUGAUAACAACACUUGCUUUCGUGCUGGAAUUACCUUGGUGUCACUCACCUAUCUUUGCCUUGCUUGGCUCCUGUAUACUAAAAUGGCUGUCUCGCUGUCUACUGGAGCUCGGAUCCGACUAAAAGUGGGUUCGUGUAUAUGCGCCCUGCCCAGAGCUAGCCUGAAAGAGCAGCCGUGGAGAGUCUUGGCUACCAUGCCCGGGAGUGCUUUCGAGAAGACAUGCACCUUUCUAAGAUCUUCUUCUUUGUCUUGAGAACAGCCUCCUUCUCUAUCUAUUUCCCCUCAUUUGCACGAGAUGACGGGAUUACUUGCAUACUCGUAAGGCAUGAUUUUUCCACUUGCUUGAAGCUCUCUUCCCGUGUCGAUGAGGGGCUAUU